AAACUUCAAAAUUGUGAGUUUCGUGAAAAAAUUUCAAAAAUGGCGCCAUCGGUAAUUUCAGAAGGCUGCGGCGGAAAUGGUGCCAUGAACAGAAGCAAGAGAAGCAGAGAAGAAGCAGAGCGUUCCUGAAGGCUUCGGAUUCUCAAUACAGAGAUGAAAUCCGAUGAUCGGGGGAUCAGAUUCAGGGCGUUCGGGCAGCGAUCGAUCGUCUCGUCGUCGGAGUCCUCUCCAUCUUCCGCCCUGGCAAAGGGUUCCGGUGGCAGCUCACGGAUUUCGUUGUCGGCGUUCCUCAAUCGGAAACUGCCGAAGACUUCUGUGCCUGCUGGGACGGUUCAGACCAAGUCAAGGCCCUUCUCAACACUAGUGGAACCAAGAGGUCGUGUUUUGCCCCAAGACGAGCAGGGUGGGGAUAAGGAUGGAGUGAACAAAGAGAAGCGGAGUAUUGAUAAAGUAAUCUUCCAGCAGUUCAAGCUUAGCGAUAAAGAAAAGGAAGAUUGUGCAGUUUCGUGUAGGUUGGACGAAGGUGGAAAUUUCCAAGUUGAAGAGGAAGUGCAGGAGUCAAGGAAGCGGAAAAAUCCUUUUCAAGUUGAGCUGCAAGGUGGACAUCAUUCCGGUAAGCAUGUCGUCAUUCUAGGAAAGGGCCCAGAGCCAAAGCCAAGAGGAAGGACAGAAAGCUUCAUUAGAAACACGAAGCCAAGGACCGAAUAUAAUCAUUAUGAAAACGGCAGUGGCUUUUGGGACUCAAGCAUGCUGGGCAUUGACAAUGAUGAAGUAGGGUUCAGUGAGAUAUGGGAAGGCGUGGGCUCCACGACCUUGGGCGGAAUUGAAUGGCACUAAUAUUGAGGGAUUCUAUCCUGAACUUGGCCUUUGUAGAUUGGUAGAUCAUAGCUCUAGUCUUUAUGGGAGUCGAGUGCGUUCGUCGAUAUCCAGACAUAAUCCGAUAUCUCUUGAUCAGGUCUCGGCAAGAUGGCUCGUCUGUACAUUUUGAGUCUAGCCUAGAUUGUUCUGAAGUGAAGCCAUCUGUAAUAUGGUCCUGCUAAACCUCUAACUUGUGUCGCCUAAACCGUUUGAUAUCAGACGAUUCUGAUAAUGAUAUCGAAUUAAGCGUUGAAAGGAAUACUUUCUUUGGGUCACGUGCUCGCUGCUGCGGCUUCUGAUUAUGUACAAAUUUAUUACGGGACUACAGGAUAUGGCCGAGAGAUUUGUGGGAUUUCCAUGUAUCAUAUUGUAUUUAUUAUGAGCCUUAUUAGUCAUUGUAUUUUA